CCAACGGUCUCUCCGGAUUUUGACACACAAAAAGGCGCUUCGCUUACCACUUCUUCUUCUUACCUUAUACUCAGAGAGAGAGAGAGCGAGAGAGGAAGAGAUGGGAAACAGAAGGGUUUUGUUGUUGGUGUUGGGGGUAGCAGUGUGGGUGGGGGUGUGUGGGUGUUGGGGCGAAAAUGGGAAGGACAGCGCGUGGGAGAACAUAAAUGUGGCGGCUGGGAAUGCGAAGGUGAAAGCAGAGGAGGCUAUGCAAGAUGCCAAGGACAAUACUGAGUCCUGGGCCGAUUGGGCUUUUGACACCUUCGCUGAGGGAUUGGGAAUUGGGAAAGAGAAUCCAAGAGAGGCAGCCCGAAAUAUGAUGGGUAAUGCUGGGGAUGCUGCAUCCAUGGCCACAAAGACAAUGGAAUCUGCUGUAUCUGAUUCGUCGAAGCUUGCUUCUCAGAAGGCUGGGGAAGCCGUCAACAUGGCUUAUGGAAAGACGGGCGAUGUAAAGAACUUUGCUUCUGAGAAAGCGGAUCAAACUAUAAGAAUGGCUACAGAUAAGGCUGGUGAUGCCAAAGAGACAAUGGACAUGGCUGGAGAAAAGGCCUCCAAUAGGGCUGCUGAUGUUCAAGAGAUGACGGCAGGGGCAAUGGGGUUUGGAAAAGAUAAAGCGGCCAAUGCCUAUGAUGAAGCCGAACAAAAAAUGAACAUGGCUUCAGAGAAGGCUAAUGAUGCCAAAGAGGGGAUGGCAGGAUCGAUGGGGUAUGGAAAAGAGAAAGUGGUGAAUUCCUACGAUGAAGCUAAGGAGAAAAUAAAUGUGGGUUCAAAUUAUGCCGCGGAUAAGGCCUAUGAUGCAAAAGAGAAGAUGGCUGGAUCAAUGCCUCAUGGGAAAGAUAAAGAAACUGAUGUCUAUGAGGAAGUUAAGGAGAAAUUAAACAUGUCUUCAGAUGAUGCCAAAGAGAAAAUGGUAGGAGCAAAGUCAUGUGGAGAAGAUAAAGCAGCCAAUGCAUAUGGCAAAGCUAAGCAUCAAGUGGAGGACUCAUACAACUCAGCCAAGGAGACCAUGACCGAGCAGGCCAAGAUUAAUUAUGAGGCUGCCAAGGAAAAGGCUUCGCAGGCCACGGGUGAUCUUGGUGCUAAGAUGAGGCAGCAUAGAACAGAGCUAUGAAGCGGAUCAUCACCAAUUUUUGCAUUGUCUCCAUGCAUGAAGUCAUCCGUGAGUUCAUGUUUGCUAUUAUCUUCCUUCUGCUAUGAUAAUAUGUUUUCCAAAACAUAUAUGUUUAGGAUAAUGAAUUUUAUGUCCGAAUAACUCUCUUGUACUAUUUUUUUGCAAUCUAAAAAUGAGAUUUUAUUUUC